AUGGUUUCACUGACCCAGAUCAUCAUCUUCAACACAAGAAUCCCAAAAUUUCAGUACUUGACAAGCAAAAUAGCAAGCAUGAGAUUCUCCAUUUGGGUCCUCUCUCUUCUGUUUAUUUCUCCCUUGAUUUCUGCAUCAGAAUACUCUGCAGACACUAUUAAUAUUCCCUAUUUGAAGAUCCCGCUAUUGCAAGACUUGCCUUCUGAAGAUUUCCUGUCAUUUGCAUACUAUCAACAGAUAUGUCCAGAAGCUGAGGCAAUCAUCCACAACAAGGUCAAACAAUGGUUCCAAACUGACUUCUCCAUUGCUGCCAGUCUCCUGAGGUUGCACUUCCAUGACUGUGCUGUAAGGGGUUGUGAUGCUUCAAUCCUAUUAAACCAUGAAGGAAGCGAGAGAAGAGCUAAUGGAAGCAAGACACUACGAGGGUUCGAGUUGAUCGAUGAAAUCAAAGCAGAGAUAGAGAAAAGUUGUCCAAGAACAGUUUCUUGCUCCGACAUUCUCACCGCGGCUGCUAGAGAUGCAACAGUUCUUGUAGGAGGACCAUAUUGGUCUGUACCCUUCGGAAGAAAAGAUGGAAAAUCUUCAUAUGCCAAGGAAGCUGAAAUGGUUCCAAAGGGUCGCGAAGAUAUCACUACUUUGAUUGAAUUCUAUCAAUCUAGAGGCCUAAAUGUGCUUGAUUUGGUUGUUCUAUCAGGUGCACACACAAUUGGGAAGGCAACAUGUGGUUCAAUUCAGUGGAGGAUCUACAAUAACAAUAAAACAUAUGGAGUGACCAAGAAUUCAAUUGAUGACAAGUACUUGGAAUACUUGACAAGGAAGUGCAGAUGGGCCUCAGAUUAUGUUGAUCUUGAUGGCACAACCCCAAGAAAAUUUGAUGCAGAGUACUUCAAGAACCUUGAGAAGCAAAUGGGAUUAUUGUGGACGGACCAAAUUUUGUAUUCUGAUCCAAGGACUGAACCUAUUGUCACAACAUUAGCUAAUGCUCCUACAGUUUUCGAGCAUCAAUUCGCGGCGUCUAUGGUGAAGCUUGGUAACAUUCAGGUCUUAACAGGGCAAGAUGAUGGAGAGAUUAGAACUAAUUGCAAUUUUGUGAAUUCUAAUGGUUAUUAA